UCCUAUGUCUGGGGCUCUGAGCGUAGCCUCCAGCCUAUUUCGGUAAAUAACCGUGAAUAUUCUGUUGGCGUUAACCUUUCGACGGCACUGUCACACCUUCGGGAUCCCUUUAUUGAGCGGUUUAUCUGGGUAGAUGCUAUUUGUAUCAACCAAGAUGACGUGGCGGAGAAGACACGUCAAGUCCGGUCUAUGGCAAAGAUCUAUGCCAAAGCAUCUCGCGUGAUUGUCUGGCUAGGAGAGGCGGCAGCCAACAGCGAUCAAGCGCUCGAGUACAUACGGAUGGCCUCGAACGGGGACCAAGUAGCAGCCCCGAGCGAGUCAAACAAGCAAGCCAUCCAUGCCCUCCUUAUCCGUCCAUGGUUCCAGCGUGUCUGGGUACGAGAUAGCCGCCUCCAGUGUCAGAACAGCUCCACAACAGGUAGAAGUACAUCAACACUUGGCCCGACAUGGAGGUAG